AUGCUUGGGGCGUACGGAGCAACUGCAGAUGAUCAGGUGGGGAGUGUGGGGACUACUGGACUCUACGCUCGCGGGUUCCUAUGGCUCAUGGCUCUCGCGGCCCAUUGGCUGACGGAGGAGUGGUUGCGGGGCAGAAGGAAUCGACCUCAUGAGGGUUCGGUCGGAUCGGCCGAUGGAUGGAUGGAUGGAUGGAUGGAAAGACGGAGCGAGGGGAAUCUGGAUGGAUGGAUGGAUGGGUCGAACCACGACAGACGGCUCGGCGUUCGCUUGCACAUCGUGUAG